AUGCCAGGCAAAACCCUCCUCGUUCUCGGCUCCGGUCCCGGAAUCGGUGUCGGCGUAGCGUCCACCUUUGCCGUUCGUGGGUUCACUCACAUCGCACUGGUAUCUCGCAACGCCGACCGCCUGAAAGAAGACCAAGGGAAAGUCCUCGAUGCCAUCCAGGAACGAGGAUACAGCUGCCAGGUCAAGACGUGGACGUGCGAUUUGACGGACUUUGAGGCAUUGGGAAAGACCUUGAAGGAGGUGGAGGGGUUUGGCACGUUGGAGUGUGUUCUGUUCAAUGCCGCGAGGGUUGCGGGAAAGCCGCCGCUUGAGGAGGACGUUGAGGCCAUUGAGAAGGAUUUCAGGCUCACGAACCUCGCACUCUACGAAGUCGCAAAGUGGGCCAUCCCUCAAUUGAAGUCCGCCGAGAACCCGUCUCUCUUCGUCACCAGCACGACUCAAUUGUACAAAGAGCCGGUCGCAGAUCUGGUCUCGCUGUCUCUGGUCAAGUCAGCCCAGCGCUCUCUGGUCUUGUCGCUCGUUGUCAAGUUCCCGGACGUCCACGUUGGACUGUUGAGCAUCGGAGGAGUAGUGUCACCUGAGGCGAAGAACCUCAACCCGGAGAAUAUCGCGGAUCGUGCGUGGAGUCUGUAUUCGCAGAAGAAGGGUCAGUGGAAGAGGGAGGAGGAGGUUCAUGAGUGA